AUGAAAUUUAUUGUUUUACUAUUGUGUCUGGCAGCUGUCAAUUGUCAAAUGAAUUUUCCAGAAAUUCCCCAAAUCAAAAUAGGUGCUUUGUUCUACGACAAUGAAUUCGAAAUUGAGGAAGCCUUUGUGCAAUCGAUUGAGUUUGUAAACACCCUGAGCAAGGAUGAAUUUUUACUACAGCCAAUCGUCAUGAGACUAAAUACCUACGACAGCACAAUGUUUAUUGAAAAGUAUGCAUGCGACUUAUUAGAUAUGGGUGUUGCAGCUAUUUUUGGACCAAGUUCAAGGGCAAACAGUGACGUAGUUGCAGUACUCGCAAAUAUAACUGGUAUACCAAACAUCCUUUUCGAUGCCAUUAUCGAGGAACCUGAGGAACAAAAAGCUGGCCAUCAGUUAACAGUGAAUGUCUAUCCGGCACAACAAAUGAUUUCCAAAGCCUAUUCCGAUAUUAUUCACAACUAUGGUUGGAGGAAAUUUAAUUUGGUCUACGACAUUGAUGAUGAUACCGCUCCGAUGAGAUUACAGGAUAUUAUUCAAUUAAGAGAUCUCUAUAUUGAUGCAGUUCGUUUGCGAAAAUAUCGUAAGGGAGAUGAUUAUCGAAAUCUAUGGAAGAGUAUGAAAGGUGAUCGAAGGGUAAUUUUAGACUGCCCAGCCGAUAUAUUAGUAGAAAUGUUAAAUGCCUCGAUACCGUUUGAUAUGACUGGGCAAUUUAAUCAUUUAUUUUUGACAAAUUUGGAAAAUCUGGAAGGUAUUUUGGAGCCAUUAAGACAUAAUGAAACGUUCGCUUUAAACAUUACCGCGGUGAGAUUUAAAGAGAGGCCUACCAAUUUGCCAAAUUUAAAUCAAGUUAAUAAUGAACCAAGCCAAAAGUUAUUACCCAAACUAAUACACGAUGCUGUGAUGUUAUACUAUUUGGCUCUAAAAAAUAUAACCACACACUAUAUUAUAGAGGAUCCUCCUCGGUAUACUUGUGAGAAUUUAGACUUCAGUGGUGAAAUGGGUCGUUGGCCUUUUGGCGAAUACAUUCGGAGGAUAAUGGGCCAGGCAUCAUUUCUGAACGAUAGUUACUUUCAUUACGGAUCCAUGCAAUUCGAUAACUAUGGUCAUCGUACACAAUUUGAAAUGGAAAUCUAUGAACCAAUGGAUAAUUACAGUCUGGCAGUAUGUCAUACAAAUGGUCACAUUUACAAUGAACAUAUUUCCAAUAAUAUUACAAAGAAAAUUGUUUAUAAAGUGGCAACACGUAUCGGUGCUCCGUAUUUUAUGGAAAGGGAAAAUGCUACUGAUACUGAAAUUAUGGGAAGUUCACGUUAUACUGGUUAUGUUGUCGACUUAAUUGAUGAACUGUCAAAGGAAAUGCAAUUUGAAUAUGUUUUCGUACCAGUGCCAGGUAAUGGCUAUGGUAAAUACAAUAAGGAGACAAAACGUUGGGAUGGUAUUAUUGGCGAAAUUAUCAAUAAUGAUGCUCACAUGGGGUUAUGCGAUUUGACUAUCACCCAAGCACGCAAGGAAGUUGUUGAUUUCAGUGUUCCCUUCAUGACAUUGGGUAUUAGUAUAUUGGCCUAUAAGAAACCAGUCGAGCGGAAAUCAUGGAGUGCAUUUUUAGAACCAUUUCAGAGCGAAGUAUGGGUGUAUGUUAUGGCAUCGAUAUUCAUAAUAUCAUUUCUUUACUUUGCCAUAUCGAGAAUAACUGUUGGAGAUUGGGAAAAUCCACAUCCCUGUAAUAAAAAUCCCGACGUUGUGGAAAAUCGUUGGACUAUUUCGAAUAGUAUUUGGAUAACAAUUGGUUCGAUUAUGACAGCAGGUUGUGACAUUCUACCCACCCAUUCAACAAUGCGUAUUUUCACAACCAUGUUUUGGAUUUUCGCCAUUAUCAUCAAUAACUCAUACACAGCCAAUAUGGCUGCCUUCUUAACGAACAGUAAAAUGGAAGGUUCAAUUAACAGCAUUGCCGAUUUGGCGGGGCAAAAUGAAGUGAAAUUUGGUACUAUAGAAGGUGGCAGCACCUAUUCCCUGUUUGCCGAAUCCAAUGAAACCACAUAUCGUCUGGCGUUUAAUCGAAUGCAGGGGUCAGAGCCUCCGGUCUAUACAAAAGAUAACAAUGAAGGUGUUGAAAGAGUCCUAAAGAAUAAUGGCUCAUAUAUGUUUUUGAUGGAAACCACCUCGUUGGAGUACAAUACCGAACGGAAUUGUAAAUUGCAAAUGCUGGGUGAAACUUUUGGUGAAAAACAUUAUGCCAUUGCUGUGCCGUUUGGUGCCGAAUAUCGUCAUUCACUGAACGUGGCAAUUCUACGCCUGGCAGAGAAGGGCAUUUUACCAUCGCUAAAACAAAAAUGGUGGAAAAAUACCAACAACUCAUGUGAUCAUGAGGAGGCACCGGAAAAAGAUACACCCGAUUUAACGUUUGACAAUGUUCGUGGAAUUUUCUAUACCCUGUAUGUUGGUAUAUUUAUAGCCUAUAUUAUUGGUAUAACGGAUUUUUUGUUAUAUACACAUCACGUGGCAGCCGAAGAAGGUUUGACAUUUAAGCAAGCAUUUCUAAAGGAAAUUAAAUUUGUUCUAAAUAUAUGGAACAAUAAGAAACCGGUAUCAAAGGCGCCAAGUACACGUUCAAAUUCAUUAACGACAAGUGAAAAAUCGAGUAAAUCUUGUUCGAAAUCAACCAAAUCUCUACGAAGCUGUAGGUCAUUGCAAAAGAAGAAAACAAUUGCCAAUGGCGAUGUUCCAGAAGUUAAAAGUGUUAAGAGUCUAAAAAGUUGUCUAACCAAACAUUGA